AUGGACAACAGUACGCGUGAUCAGCCGGACAGGGCAUCCCCGCCACUGGAAAUUCCAACCCAAGAAGAACAGGAAGCUAUGAAAAAAGCCAUGAUGGAGAUGCUGGAAUCCAACCCCGAAUACAUGAACACGAUAUUGCAUCUCUAUCGCCAGCCCGACCUGGAAUCGAAACCCAAAAACUUAUUCUUCUACGGGUCCCUCAUGGAUCCCGAUGUCAUCAGAGUGAUUGCAGAGACAUCGACUGAACCAGACCUGCACAAAGCUUCGAUCCACGGCUUCAAACUGAAAAUGUGGGGGUUCUAUCCGACUCUAGUUCCUGGGGACAUCGAGGACACAGUCCAUGGAGUGUAUUGGCAAGCAGAGAAUAACCGGCAAUUGAGCUUGCUCCAGCGCUACGAGACACACCGAUACAGGCCAGCAACGUGUUCCAUCCAUGUUGAAAAGGAUGGGAGCAUCAUCGAAGAUGGGCUGACAUUCGUGUGGGCCAGCGACCCGGGAAGCAGCGAGCUCAAGGACGGAGAGUUUUUACUGGAAAGAUAUCAGUUGUACUUUAAACCAGAUGCGUUCAAACGAAAAGCUUAG